AUGAUAUUUAUAUUGCAUUGCACUUGUUGCUAUAAACAAAAAAAAAUAUCUUAUUUGCAGUUGCAGUGCUGUGAGAUUGGAUUAAUGGACAGCAACAAAAUGGAGGUUGCGGUGGAGCUCGAGCUGUGCAUCCUCCGCGCUGUCUCUUCGAAGGACUACCAGUGCGUGGUGGAACGCAAUUGCGGGAUGGAUGGGAACUCUGUGCGCCUGUUGCAGGCUAUCAUGCAGCAGAGCAAGCUGGUGCAGUUGGGGCAGACAAUACCGGCAUGCGAUAUUUUUCCGGCUGCUCUCACUGUGGUUGACUUGGCCCCGGCCACCGCUGGAGUGUUGUGUGAUGUCACGACUCUGAUUGUGCUCCCACCAACACGCGAUGGCGAGCUUGAGGAGGUGUGUGAAACCGCACGCACAAUCGAAUGCAACUCCAAGGAAGCUGGCGGUAAUGGUGAGGAUCGAGGGUGA